GCCACCUUUCCCUCUUUGUUGAAUUCCACAAUGGAAUCGACUACUUCCUCAAAGGAUAUGGAUAUCUUUCGUGUUUUGUUCUUUCAUCAUCAUCUUGUGCCUCUUAUCCCUUUUUCUUCUCUUGCUCUCUCUCUCUGUGUGUGUGUUUUUGUGUGUGUGUGUUUUGGUUCUCUUUGAUCAAUUCAAUUGAUAUAUCUCAUCUCUGCUAAGGAUAGAAAAUGAUCAAUUUCUGUUAUUCAAGUCCCUUCAUUUUCAGAUAUUGAGAAUAAAUGGAUGAUAUUUUUCAAGUAAAUUUGUCAAAGCAUCUUUUCUGAGUUGUUAGUUGAUUGGCAUUAAAGUUUCUGAUACCUUGGGAUUGUGUUUGGAUUUGAUAUUUUGAUUUUAUAUAUCUGUAAUGAAGAAUCCCUUUUGCUGGGUUUCAGAAAUUGAGGGUUGCAGCUAAUAAUAAAUAAGUAAGGUUCUGAAAGCCAUGGGGGCGUUGAAUGGUGCUGAGUAUGUGACCAUUGAUGAGUUACCUAACCCAAGGGAUAACCAUAGGAUGAAAGUUUCUGUUCUUCCUCUGGUAUUUCUUAUCUUCUAUGAGGUUUCUGGGGGACCCUUUGGUGUUGAGGAUACUGUGAAAGCAGCACGUCCCCUAUUAACCCUUAUGGGGUUCCUGGUUUUUCCAUUCAUAUGGAGUGUUCCUGAGGCUUUGAUUACUGCAGAAAUGGGUACCAUGUUCCCUGAGAACAGUGGUUAUGUGGUUUGGGUUUCAUCUGCUUUGGGUCCUUAUUGGGGAUUUCAGCAAGGUUGGAUGAAAUGGCUAAGUGGGGUGAUUGAUAAUGCUUUGUACCCAGUUCUAUUUCUUGAUUAUCUGAAAUCAGGAAUCCCUGCAUUAGGUGGUGGAGUACCAAGAGUUGUUUCAACUUGGUGUUUAACUCUAGUUCUCACUUACUUGAACUAUAGGGGUUUAGCUAUUGUGGGAUGGGUUGCUGUUCUUUUAGGGGUUUUCUCACUCCUUCCUUUUGUGGUUAUGGGACUCUUGUCAAUUCCGGACUUGAAUGCAUCAAGAUGGUAUGUGACAAAUCUAGAUGAUGUUGAUUGGAAUUUGUAUUUAAAUACUCUAUUUUGGAAUCUUAAUUACUGGGACUCCAUAAGUACUCUUGCUGGAGAAGUGGAAAAUCCAAAGAAAACUCUUCCCAAGGCUCUCUUUUAUGCUUUAAUCCUAGUAGUUUUAGGAUACUUCUUCCCUCUGCUAAUUGGCACAGGUGUUGUUCCCCUCAAUAGGGAGUUAUGGACUGAUGGAUACUUCUCAGAUAUUGCUAAGAUUGUUGGAGGAGUGUGGUUGAGAUGGUGGCUUCAAGCUGCUGCAGCAAUGUCAAACAUGGGAAUGUUUGUUACUGAAAUGAGCAGUGACUCAUUUCAACUUCUAGGCAAGGCUGAGAGGGGAAUGUUACCUGAGUUCUUUGGCAAGAGGUCUUGCUAUGGAACACCUCUUAUAGGAAUACUCUUUUCAGCCUCUGGUGUGAUUUUACUGUCAUGGUUGAGCUUUCAAGAAAUAGUAGCUGCAGAGAAUUUCUUGUAUUGUUUUGGAAUGAUUUUGGAGUUUAUUGCAUUCAUAUUGUUGAGGAUCAAACAACCCACUGCAUCUAGGCCUUACAAGAUACCAGGGGGAACAGUUGGAGCAAUUCUUAUGUGCAUUCCUCCAACAAUAUUGAUUUGUGUUGUAUUGGCUUUCUCCUCCUUGAAAGUAAUGGUUAUAAGCCUCAUUGCUGUGGUGAUUGGCCUUGUAAUGCAACCUUGUCUUAAAUUUAUGGAGGAAAAGAGAUGGAUAAAGUUCUCAGUUAGUUCUGAGCUCCCAGAUCUUGACAAUGAGGAAAGUAUUCACACUUUGAUGGAUUAAAUUGAUCCUUUUUGAAGAGACUUGUUGAGAGAAAAUUACACACUCUAUGUACAUGGCUGCACCAACCGGGAUGAGAAGGGUCCUAAAGCAUUUUUUCUCAAGUUACAACGUCUCUGAACACUAAAACCAUUCGAGAUCAACUUUGUAUCCUAUCUGCAUUUCACAUUUUUGCCGUCUACAACAUAUAUAACAUAUUGUCAAAAUAAACUGUUCAUCAGUGUUUUUAGUUUUGUUUAUAGAUAGGAUAUUA